GUCCGCUCCCAGGCCAUGGAGACCCUGAGCAGGCUGAGUCACACCCAGCCCGCGCUGGGCGCCCACGAACGGUCGGAGAUGGUGAGCACGUGUGUGAAGAGCGUGUUUUCCCUGCCCCCGGUGAGGGCCAUGCAGGAGAAGGACGAGGCCAAGGCCAACGACGUGCAGACCCUGUACAGUCAGACCCUGGGCGCCCUGCAGGCCCUGCUCCGUGCCCUCUUCAUGGAGGACCCCACGCCCAAGGGGCUGAAGAGCAUACUGGAGCCCCUGGCGCCCUGGAUGAGCUCGGGGAAAGCCCACGAGCGCAGACGUGCCGUGCACAGCGUGGUCUCCAUGCUGAACCACACGCUCCUCGCCCUGCCUGCCUUCGCCUCCCCGGGGCUCCCGUCCCUUGGGCUGCUGCUGGGGAGACUCACCCUGCGCAUCGGGGACCCCGACAAAGAGGUCGGCCAGGAGGCCCUGGACGGCGUCGCCACCCUCUACACCAUCCUGGAGCUCCAGAAGCGAAACAGAGACCCGGAGGAAGCCGACAAGAAGGAGCUGUGCGAGAGCAACAAGCACUUCCUGGGGCCCUACAACCCCGUCAGCCCCUGCCAGAACAUCCUCCGUGUGAUCGCGGAAUUCGGAGACUUUCUGGGUCCCCAGCAAGUGAAGGACCUGCUACUGGCCAUCCUGGAGGGGCUGAAAGGGGGCACAGAGGCCCGGGGGAAGGACUCGGGUGAGAUGGUACAGCUGGCCUCCGAGGUGAUGCUCAGCUCCGUGCUCGAGUGGUACCGCCACCGGGCGCUGGAGGUGAUCCCCGAGAUCACGCAGGGCAUCUACACACAGCUGAGCCACAUCCGGGACCCCCGGGCCCGCAGCGUGGCCCUGCUGCCCGUGUCCCUCCUGGCCAGCUCCUUCAUGACCGAGGUCGUCGUGGCCCUGCUCAUGUGUCCCCUCCCCCUGGACAGCAACGGAGCCGAGAUGUGGCGGCAGCUGCUCCUGCGCAAGCCCAGCUGUGACGCCCGGGACCUCCUGGACCUGCUCCUGAGCAGCCUGAAGGAGAAGCCUGUCACCAAGAAGGGCCGCGCCUCCAUUGUGCCCCUGGCGGCAGCCAGCGGCCUGUGCGAGCUCCUGUCGGUCAACAGCUGCAUGGGCCGCGUGCGGCGCAUCUACCCGCAGCUGCUGCUGGCCCUGCUCAUUCAAGUCCACUACCACAUCGGCCUCAGCCUGCCCGGCCACCUGGCCGCCCACAAGGACUCCAGGCAGGACAAGGACCCGCAGGCCCCGGCCUUCGUGCCCGUCCACUGGGUGAUCAAGGUGGUGAAGACGCUGCUGCUGAAGAUGGGCUGCUCCUACGAGACCACUUUCCUGGAGGACCGGGGCGGCUGGGAGCUCAUGGGGCAGGCGGAGAACCACCACCGGGGAGUGUCCCUGCUGGCCAGGGCCAUGGUGCACUAUUCCUGUCAGGAGCUGUGCCGCAUCCUUUACCUGCUCAUCCCACUCCUGGAGCGAGGUGACGAGAAGCACAAGAUCACGGCCACCGCCUUCUUUGUGGAGCUUCUCCAGAUGGAGCAGGUGCGGCGGAUCCCUGAGGAAUAUUCCCUCGGGCGGAUGGCGGAAGGCCUGAACCAUCGCGACCCCGUCAUGAAGCUGCUGUCCAUCCGCGGCCUGGUCAUCCUGGCGCGCAGGACUGAGAAGACCGCCAAGGUGCAGGCCCUCCUGCCCUCCAUGGUGAAGGGCCUGAAGAACCUGGACGGGGAGCUGGUGGCGGAGGCGGGCCACAGCCUCAAGCGCAUCUUCAAGGGGCAGGACCGGAAGGUGGCGGACAGCUCGGUGUCCGUGGAGAUGCUGAAGGUGCUGCUGCCACACUUUGCUGAUCCCCGGGAGGCCGUGCGCUGCUCGUGCGUCGACCUCUACGGCAAGGUGGUCCAGCAGCUGCGCCUGCCGCGCUCUGCGGCCGCCGAGGAGCAACUCAAGAGCACGCUGGUGCCGCUGCUGCUCGUCAUGCAAGAGGGCAACGCCAAGGUGGCCCAGAAGUGCAUGAAGACCCUCUUCCGCUGCUCCUGCUUCAUGACCUGGGAGCUCCCCAAAGGCGCGUACAGCCGGAAGCCCUGGCACGGCCAGCGGCAGGCGGUGGACAAAGUGUGCCGCUACAUCGUGAGGACGCACCAAGAGAGCGCCGUCACCUUCCUCAGCCAGAGCCUGGAGUUCGCCAAGAACCCGCGGGCCUCCCUGCGCAAGUCCUCAGCCGUGUUCCUGGGGUCCCUGGUCCCCUGCAUACACAAAGUCAUGACGGAAGAUCACUGGAACGAAGUCAAAGCUGCUCUGGGCGACCUGAGACACGACCCGGAAGCGUCAGUGUGCAUCUGCGCAGCCCAGGCCCAGGACCACAUCGUGGCCAGUUGCUGGCACGACUCCUGGGCCCUGCUGCCCGGGGACUCGUGGGCGAGCGGCCUGGCCACCACGCACUGCUGGAGCUCGCAGCCCGAGGGCCAGCCCACCUCCCACCAGCGGCACUCCUGGCUCUGGCAGGCACUGGGCUCCUGGAGGAUGGCCCGGAAGCAGUGA